AUGCAGCCCAUAGUGAAGCAGGCUGUCCUCCUGGAGCACACGGAGCUCUGCAGGAGCUCGAAACGCCCUCGACACGCGGCGGCGCCUCCGGGGCCGGCCCUCGACGGGGCGGGCGGGCCCCAGGAGCAGUUCCGGGGCGGUCCCGUCGUCACUGCCGCUUCCUCGGCGGGCGAUUCGAAGGUGGUGUCGGGGGCCGCUGCCGGUCCCUCGUCAGGCAGGCGGGACACGAUGGAGCUGUGCCCGGAGCUGGAGAACUCGCUGUCGCUGCUGGAGCCGGGCGGCGGCCGGCCCGAGCAGCAGCAGCGAGAGCGGCGGGCGGGCGCGGCCCCCAUGCCCAUGGUGUUCAUGUGCUCCGGCUGCAGGCGGCCCGUGGGCGACACCUCGAGCUGGGUGGUCAAUGACGAGGAGAGCGGCUGCAUCCUGCUGCGCAGUGCGGCCGGCAGCGUCGCCGUGGACCCGGAGCGGAAGGUCUCCAAACUCCCCGGCGAGUGCGGAUGCGUGGUAGAAACCUUGUUCUGCUCUGGCUGCUCGAGGACGCUUGGCAGCAUCUACAGGUGCACCCCAAGGCAUCUCGACUACAAAAGAGAUUUGUUUUGUUUCAGUGUCGACUCUAUUGAAAGCUAUAUUUUAGGAAGCCCAGAGAAGCAAGCUGAUCUUCACGAGGAACCGCUUACUCUUGAAAGUCGAGCUGUCUUGCAAGAGGUGCUGCAAAAGGUAGAUAUGAUACUGAAUGCUCUGGAGACAAGACUGACCACGAUUGAGUCCCGUGUGGCUACUCUGCACAGGCAGGUCUGAGAGGAAAUACAUCUUGAACUGUGGGAGAAAGACGAACGUGAAACUUGGCUCUGUAAUCCUCUGGGAUCUGUGGGAACAUUUCAAAGGCUGUGAGAGAGCUGAAAGCCGUGGGUGGCCUGUCCUGGGGGGAGCAGUGCUGACCGAGGCUGUGUCCCAGCCAAGGAGAUCCUCUUCUGUCCCUGAAGAUGAUACACCAGGGGUUUUCUUCUUAAUAAAGUCUUCUGACCAGUCCUGUAGACUUGUGGUUUAAUAGAAAGGUUUGUUUAAAUUUUUGUCUCUGAAACCAAAGCAUUUAUCUCCUGCCUUCCCUGCUAUUCAGUAUCUACUAAACUGGGUAUGCAUUUUCCUAAGCAAAUCAAAAACCUCCCUGUGAUUCUGUAAUUUCCAAAAGAACAGCAUGAAGUCACUUUUCUUUUUCUUGUCUCCAUAGCUUUAGCUUGAUUUGUGCUCAAAGACAGGAAUGACUCAAUAACUGUAUGUGGUGAAUUGUUAGUUUGGUGGGUGCUUGUUGCAAGUUCAGGGCUAAAAUAUGUAAGAAAAGGCUUUUUUUUGCACCGGUGUUGAAGGUCAGUUGUUUUACAGCUCCAAAGGGAGGAAACUAAAUCAGGCUGAUGGCGACACUCCUUUAAGCAAGGCUUGCUAUAUAUUUGAGCAAUUAAUUCAGGAGUUCUGUUGUGUUAAUGCUGGUAUUUCAGUUGUGUUUGGUUUUCUGGGCAUUUGACUAAUUGUCAGUGUUUCUCAUACAGUAUGAGUGUUCCACCUAGUGUUUUUCAAUAAAAGCAAGCAGUUGUGGUAUAAAGCAAGAAUAAUCUCCAAAAGUGGUUCAGGUUUUGGUUUUGUUUUUUUUUUUUUCCUUUGUUACCCAACACUACUUGGCUUUACUACUGUGAGCUUUAAAAAGUUUUCUCCAAAAACUCUGAAUUAAUUUCCUCAUUCUACCUCAUUGGUAGGCACUGCUUCUCUUGGAAAAGCUUCUGCCCUCCACCUUCACUGCCCUGUUUUGAAGUAGUGCUCCAGUUCAG